CUAGGGGCACGCUCGCUGUGGCGCCCUGGGGGGUGCUCACCCAUAAGGGAGGAGGCCCCCGUGCCCUGCUGCCACAGCGGGGGUGCAGUAGGCAGUGCCCUGCUGCGGUUGGGCUCAUUAAAUUCGUGUCUUUGGUCCCUCCUUGCCUGCUCCAGGCUGCGAGGCUGCCCGCCUGGCUGCCCUGCCCUGCCCUGGCACCAGCCCUUCCCUCUGGCUGCCACCUGCGAGCCGCAGCGUGGGAGGGGUCAGAAGGGAGCUGCAGAGGCCGCCGAGCCCAGGCCCCCUGCCGAGCAGCAGCCCCUGGGGCAGCUCCCGGAGGAUGCUUGGCACCGCUGCCAGCCGCCUGCUGCGCAGGGGCUGUGGGCGCUGCUGCUGCUCCUCUCCGUGCCCAUCUGCGGCUCCCGCCCCCUGCUCGCCCUCUGCCCGCUGGACGGAGCCAUCCCCUGCAGCUCCGCGGCCGUGGUGCUGCUGCUGGAGCUGAGCAGGCUGGCGGUGGCGCUGCUGCUGCUGGCACCGUGCCUGCCGCCUGCGCCCCUCGGCCCUGCUCUACGCCGCCAGCAGCAGCCUGGUGGUGCCAAGCAGCUCUGGGUGCAGCCCGGCACCUUCCAGGGCUUGAGCAGCCUGCGGCUCCGGAGCACGGCGCUGCUCUGCCGCUGGGGCGGCUGCGGGCUCGGGCAGGCAGCUCACAUCUCCCUGCGGCGCUGCUGCUGCUCUGCCGCUGCUGCCUCGGCUCGGGCCUGGCUGCGCCUGCUCGGGAGCCAUCCUGCAGGCCCAGGGCUGCCCCUCAGCCUCCAGAGCCUCUUCCUCUGCUCCCUCGGGCUCCUGCAACUCGCUGGGUCCCUCUGGAGCGGCGCCCAGGGAGGCUUCCUGCAGGGCUCCUGCCCCUGCCUGCUGCUGCUCGGCCAGCAGGGCCUGAAGGGGCUGCUGCUGGCGGUGGGGAUGAAGCACAGCACUCACCUCACCAGGCUCUUCAUCACCUCCUGCUCCAGCCUGCCCAACGCUCUGCUCUCCGGCGCCCUCCUGCAGCUGCAGCUGAGCCUCUUCUUCUUCCUGGCCCUCUGCUGCCUCGCCCUGGCCCUGCACCUCUGCUGCAGAGCCUCCUGACUGCUGCUGCCCGCCCGUGCCAGGCAGAGAGGGCCCUGGGGGUGCUGGCAGAGAGGAGCUGCAGAGGAGGCAGCAGUGCCCAGGUGGACAGCAGAGCCACUGGCAUCCUGGGCUGGCUGAGGAGCAGUGUGGGCAGCAGG